GCGUCACUGCCCGCGCCGGUCCGGCUUGAGUUCGGGACCAGCCGCCGUCCAUCUGGCGUUUCCUGCUGGGUUGUGGUGGCCCUGGAUCCGGCGUCAGGGCGACCGGGCGGACAAGGUGGAACUAGAGUCAGUCAGGCGGGUUGGUGAAGGGCACGGGGCCGGGCACAGCGUUGGGAGUGCGCGGCAGGGGCCGGCCAGGCGGGCUGCAGGCACCUCAGGGCCCGGCACACCCUUCCAACGCCCGGAGGCGCGAUGAAGGCAUUGAUAUUAGUGGGGGGCUAUGGGACGCGGCUACGGCCGCUGACGCUGAGCACCCCGAAGCCACUGGUGGACUUCUGCAAUAAGCCCAUCUUGCUGCACCAAGUGGAGGCACUGGCCGCGGCAGGCGUGGACCACGUGAUCCUGGCCGUGAGCUACAUGUCGCAGGUGCUGGAGAAGGAAAUGAAGGCACAGGAGCAGAGGCUGGGAAUCCGAAUCUCCAUGUCCCAUGAAGAGGAGCCUUUGGGGACAGCUGGGCCCCUGGCACUGGCCCGUGACCUACUCUCCGAGACUGCAGACCCUUUCUUCGUCCUCAACAGUGAUGUGAUCUGCGAUUUCCCCUUCCAAGCCAUGGUGCAGUUCCACCGGCACCAUGGUCAGGAGGGCUCCAUCCUGGUGACCAAGGUGGAGGAACCCUCCAAGUACGGUGUUGUGGUGUGUGAGGCUGACACAGGCCGCAUUCACCGGUUCGUGGAGAAGCCGCAGGUGUUUGUGUCCAAUAAGAUCAAUGCAGGCAUGUACAUCCUGAGCCCUGCGGUGCUGCGGCGCAUCCAGCUGCAGCCUACGUCCAUUGAGAAGGAGGUCUUCCCUGUUAUGGCCAAGGAGGGGCAGCUAUAUGCCAUGGAGUUGCAGGGCUUCUGGAUGGACAUUGGGCAGCCCAAGGACUUCCUCACUGGCAUGUGCCUCUUCCUGCAGUCACUGAGGCAGAAGCAGCCUGAGCGGCUGUGCUCAGGCCCUGGCAUUGUGGGCAACGUGCUGGUGGAUCCAAGUGCCCGCAUCGGCCAGAACUGCAGCAUUGGCCCCAACGUAAGCCUAGGACCUGGUGUGGUGGUGGAGGAUGGUGUGUGUAUCCGGCGGUGCACGGUGCUGCGGGAUGCCCGUAUCCGCUCCCACUCCUGGCUUGAGUCCUGCAUUGUGGGCUGGCGCUGCCGUGUGGGCCAGUGGGUUCGCAUGGAGAAUGUGACAGUGCUGGGUGAGGACGUCAUAGUUAACGACGAGCUCUAUCUCAACGGAGCCAGCGUGCUACCCCACAAGUCUAUUGGCGAGUCAGUGCCAGAGCCUCGCAUCAUCAUGUGAGGGGAUGCAGUGGGGCUGGCCGAGCCCCGGUUUUCCAAUUGGCAAGGGGAGUGCUGGCCUGACACAUCAGAAGACCCUGGACUUCUUUUAAUUUGUCUGAGGGGCAUUGGAUGAAGCUGAAGCCGUUGGACACCUGCCUUCUCAUGUGUGGACACCAUCUGGCAGGAUCCCUGCUGGGCACACCCAACAAACCCCACUCCCUCAAGAAGGGCCAGGGCCAGGGCUGUAUGGAAUAAUAAUUUAAUGCUCACUGUG